ACUUUAAUUAAGCUGAACCGCUAGAGAAUGAUAGAGCUAAAGAAGACGAAUCGAAUGAUAUAAAUUUCAUAAAAUUUAAUUGAAAUCUGUAGACAGAAAUAGACAAAUACUGUAUUUUUUUAAUUUUCUCUUGUUUUUCGCUGAUGCGUUCGCUUUAAGGACAUUUUCUCGCUGACCGUUCGCUUUAGGGAGCAUGCACAUAAAGCGAACGUUUCUAAUUUUUGAUUUUCUACCGCUCACUACUCAACUAUUCUUACAGUUUCAAAACAUUUCUUUAUAUGGGCAGAUGCAGAAUUUUGUUUUCAUUCCCGUGAUAUAAAAAUAAUUAUUUUAUGAUGAAAAAUGACAGAAAUAUCAUAAUUACAAUGGAGACCUCCAAGAUGUCCGUUCGCUUUAGGGAUAUCGACUCUAUGCGAAAUUUUCUCCUUUAUCCUUGUGUUUUCAGCUUUUGAAAACAGUUUUUUCAGAUUCAGCAUCAAAAACGGAAUACAGAUAAGUUGUUAAAUGGACUCUAGACGCAAGACUCUAUUGUUGUAUCGCGUUUGACUCAUCAUGCCCUCAGUCACAAACCAAUGUAUCGCUUUUUUUUUCUUUUCGUUUCUUUGUCGAGAAAAAUCGUUUUUACAUUAUGAUAAGGAAAAGGGCGAGGUGAUCUUUAGAUGAAAUAUUUGUUUUUUACUCAAAUCUAGUGAAAAUUUGUUCACCCAGGUAAAAACUAAUGACAAAUCGAAUGGAUAUACUUUGAAGAUCUUUACAGGGUCUUCAACGGGUCUCUCAAAAACGUUUUUUGAAAAACCGUAUUAUAACGAUAUGUUUUAAUAGCAUUCUUUUUUCUUUGAGAUAAUAUCGUUUCUAGCUCAACUAAAUUAGAUUCACAUAUCUAAAUCAAAUAGAAGAUGAAGUCACUUACAAAAUGCAUCAUCUCGUCGGUAGUAAAAUACGAAGAUUUCAGAACCAACUGAUUCAUAAAGCGAUGAAUAUUGUAUGGAUAUUGAUGAUAAAUAAUGAACUUUCAAUGAAAAACUUUUAGUGAGCGAUGUUGGUGAUCUUGCUGAAAUGUGCAAGUCGAAAUGCAACACAAAAUCUCGUAGUACUGUACUGUAUAUGUCAUUACGUUUCUUCAACAUUAAAUUGGAAGAUGUUGAUGAGUAUUUGAAAAGUAUUGGUUUUAUGACCGCGAAAACGUCUCAUAAAUGGGCAACAGUGUUUCUGAAAGGAGAUUACGAAGAGUUUUCAACCGAUUUACGUGGUGGUAAACAAACUGAUUCAUUUUAUGAUACGUUUCCCGAGAUUGAAGCAGAUGCGAAAGCAUUUGUCGUUCAAGCGUGUUUACAAAAGUUAGGAGAAUUCAAGGCUUUGAAUUUAGUUUGGUUUGUUGAUGAAAAGUAUUAUGAAUUAACAGGAAUUAAAAAACAAAUAGGCAACGAUUACAUAAGAUCUAAAAGGAGUUGUCGUGUGGAUCUUCGUAGAUGGAGAGCUAAAUUCGAAGCAAAUUCACAACGUCUGUAUUUUGAAGGACAUGAAAGGAAUGAUAUAGUGAAAUAUCGUAGUGAAUUUAUUGGUUAUUUUCUAUCACAUAAAGAUUUUUACUACAGUGUUAUUUAUGAUGAAAUACCUAUGUGGCAACUUCCAACUCAAAAUCCUCCAAGAAUACUUAUAUUUCAUGAUGAAUCAACCUUUAGAAGUGAUGAAGUUCGCUCAAAACGGUGGUUUUUCAAACAGAAUACACCAACUUUUUCAAGAGGACAUGGGCGAAGCCACAUGAUUUUGGAUUUUCUUAUUCAACAUCCUAGUGAACCAUUUUUUGAACUUAGUGAAGAUGAAUGGAAACAAGCGGAAUUUGGUAAAAAUAUUGGUACCCGUUGCCCAGUGGAACAAAUUGAUGGUGCAGUAAAAGUUAUUGACUGCUACUUCAAACAUGGAGAAAACAAAGAUAAAUCAAAAGGUUUGGUUGAAUUAUGUAAAGAGUUAGGUGUUCAAUUACCAGCUAAAGUUAAGUUACAGGAAAUUUGUGAAAUACGUUCAAAUCAUCGAGCAUUUCAAAAUAUUGCAAAACUUGAAAUGUUAGCGGUUAAAUACAAUAUUAACAUUAUCUUCUGUCCUAAAUAUCAUUGUGAACUAAAUGCCAUUGAAGGUCUUUGGUGUUGUCAAAAAGCAUAUGUUCGUUCACGUACUAAUCAAACUUUUGAGAAAAUGAUAAAAUCAAUAUCUGAAUCGCGCAUAAAUUUUAUUGAACGACUAAUUGCAUUGAAAUUAUGUCGACGUUUCUGGCAUGCAAUCGAAGCCUAUUCUAAAGGUCAAACAUAUGCCAAUAUCUUAAAACUAUUCUUCAGUCAAUUUUGCAAAACAACAGCUCAGUCACAUCGCACAAUAACAAAUACAAACAUAGAUGAAAAUUAA